AUGUCUUGGGACGACAAUGAGUUUGAAGUACCUGACGUUGCAAAGGACCAACCGAUUGUUGAAUCUUGGGAUGAUGAUUUUAGAGAUGAUGGUGAAGAAGCGUUGUUAGAGUCUUGGGAUGCUGAGGAAAAAGAAGUUAGUAAGCCUAAAAAGAAGGCGGUAACUGUUAAUAAGGAGCGAAAGUCUGUAGACAAGGUUUUGUUGGAUAUAGACACUCUUGAUGAGAAGACCCGUAAGGAGUUAUUAAGGAAGGCCGAGCUGGAUUCCGAUUUGAAUAAUGCUGCAGACUUAUUUGGAGGGCUUGGAGUUGCGGAAGAGCAUCCUCGGGCACGGGCUCUGCGUAAAGAGCAAGAUUUGGAGGAAUCAUUGAGUAAGCCAGCAGGUUUUACGAAACAGACUCCUUUUGAAACACACCCACUUUUUGUUGAGUUAGAGACGAAGGCCGAUUAUCAAGAGUUGAGGAAGGCUUUGUCUAGUGCUAUUACGGGAGUGGCAAAGAAGUCUCAGUUGAAUUAUUCAAGUGCAUUGGCCAUAGAUUUGAUCAGGGAUGUCGCUAAGCCAUUGUCGAUUGAGUCCAUUAAGCAGAGUGUGGCUACUUUGAACUUGUUGAUCAGAGAGAAAGAAAAACAAGAAAGGCAGGCUCGGUUGUCUAAAGUUAAAGGUGGGACUGCUACUGGAGGUGCAGGUAAGAAGAAAGCUAAGACAGCUAGACCCAAUUUAGGUGGCGCAUUUAAGAAGGAUCAGGAAUUUGCUCUAGACAAUGCUGAUUACGGUGAUUUCGAUGAUGGCGACUUUAUGUAA